AUGUCGAACUCAUCUUCUCCCGCAGGCGGCUUGGAUCCCCUCGAAUACUACGCUCUCUUGAAGCUGGCAGAUGCCCCCGGCAUUGUGGCAAGACAAGGUCCAACCUGUAAAUAUGUCCAGACUCCUCUCGCUCCUAUUAACGCCUCGACCCCUUUCUGGUCAUGUCCAGCUGGGCAUGUUCAGGCUUGCCCACCUGGAUUCUACUGCCCUGCCAACACAGCGCAACCUAUGUAUUGCUGUCCAGGAUACUACUGCUCCAAGGACACCAAGACGUUGACCAUCUGCCCCCAGAACCACUAUUGUCCAACAGGAUCCGUCGAUGGCGGCACCUCUUGUCUUUGGCUGGCAUCGUGUCCUGCUGGAAGCUCCUCGGCAUCCAAGUUCGGCCUCGUCAUCUUUGUCCUCGUCUUUAUCGUCGCCAUUUGCAUCGUAUUUUGGGUCCACAAUCGCCUUCAGCGCGUCAAGAACCAUCACCUGGAAAAACGCCUUCGGUGGAUCCACAACCACAACUUGCAGCACGACAACCCUUUGAUGGUGGAUGAGGCAGAGUUGGAGCGCGAGGAUGAUGAUGAUGAUGAGAGUGAGGGAACCAGGAGCAACGACCAAGUGAUCCAAAUUGAAGCGGACGACAAGACUCCCAACUCGGACGGAACUGCCGGGGGCAAACCAAAGCGACCUGUUUUGAAGAGAAAGAUCACCAGGGUCACUCAUACCUUUGAUAUUGAGUUUGAGCACCUUGGACUCACCCUCUCGAAUGGAACCUCGAUCCUCCAGAAUGUGUCGGGUGUUCUAAGAAAUGGACGUACAUGUGCCAUUAUGGGACCUUCAGGAUCUGGCAAGACCACGCUCAUCUCCAUGUUGACCUCCAAAAUCCCUAAGGACGAAGGUCGCAUUCUAAUCAACGGACAAGAAGAAGACCUGAGCCACUACCGUAAGCUGAUUGGAUAUGUCCCGCAGGAGGAUAUUAUGAUGCGUGAGCUGACAGUGGACGACAUUCUUCUUCACUCGGCGUACAUGCGCCUCCCCGCCAACCUCAAGAGGUCACAGAUGACAGAGAAGGUGUUGGAGAUUGUCGACUUUUUGGGUUUGAACUCUGUUAUGGACUCUGUUGUCGGUGAUGCAGAGAGAAGAGGUAUCUCUGGAGGACAGAGGAAGCGUGUCAACAUUGGAAUGGAAUUGGUUACCGACCCCAGUAUUCUCUUCUUGGAUGAGCCCACAUCUGGUCUGGACUCGAGUACAAGCGGAGAUGUCUGCCGAUUGCUCAAGUCGAUUGCCCGCCGCAAGGGUCUCACUGUCGCCGCUGUCAUUCAUUCUCCCUCUCCCGUCGCUUUUGACCAGUUUGACGAUCUUUUGCUUCUUGGUCAUGGUGGUCGUGUGGUCUACCACGGUCCUCGAACAGAGGCGCCUCUCUACUUUGCUGCGAUCGGAUUCCCCAUCCCCAAGGAAUCCAGCCCCUCGGAUUUUUACAUGGAUGUCAUUUCGAACAACGUCAAGUCCAACAUUACCAAAAAGUUCAAGCCUUUCUAUCUUCACCGCUACUGGGACUCCUACUGCAAGCGCGCUCAGUGCUUCUAUGCUGACAGUAAAUCAGGAGUCGAUUACAAGCACCCAUCGCCUCACAAUACCCGCCCUACGUCGCCAAACCCCCUUGCCAGGACUUCAGCAUAUGCAAGCAUGAAUGAAUCCGCCAUGUCAUUCCAUCAACACAGCCAUCCAGAGACAUUGGCCAUGACUACUCUGAACGACAAACUUGCCUCUGCAUCCUCAUCGCCAUCGACCCUCCACCCAUCAGCAGCCUCAACUUCCAACCUCAACAAGGGGCACGGUCGCCAAAAGAGCGUCUCCAUGGCACAGGGGUCAUCGCCAUCCGCACCACGAUCAGGUGUCUCGACCCCUCGUGCCUCAAUGGCCAUCUCUGACUUUCACUCCAUGUACGACUCGCCACCCCUGCCUGAGCACCUCACCUGGUUCGAGACCCUUCAGAGGACUAUUCGCAUCUUUUUUAUCGACAGCCGCAUGUGGUGGAGCGGAGUUUUUGCCGAGACCAAAGAGACCGUCCUGGGCCUCUUCCUCAAGCGCAAGGAUCCCAUUCGCAACACCGCCUCGCCCUUUAUGAUGUUCUGGCUCUGUCUCUCGCGUGCUCGUCUACAGAUCUAUCGCAGCCGGCGCCAGUUCCUGUACGACCAGUUGCUCCAUCUGGGAUGCGGCAUGUUUAUUUCAAUUGCUGCAUCCAAGUUUGACUAUGUUGGAAGUCAACCUGACCUGGUCUGUGCAAUGACUCCCUUUCAACUCAAGUAUACCUGCUCCAAGCCCACGGAUCACUUGACAGAAGUUGGUGUCUUUAUCGCCCUCGGUGUCUGUUUCGCAGGUAUAUCUGUCGGUGCGAUGACGUUUGGAAACGAAAAGAUUGUCUACUGGCGCGAAAAGUCAUCAGGGCUCUUGACACUCCCGUACUACCUGGCCAAGGUCAUUGCUGACAUCCCCCGGAUUAUCCUCGCCGGCCUCAUGUUUUCGAUCUCGUUGAUCAUAUUCUUCAACGAGCGGUCCAACUACGUCUACCUCCUCUUCAUCAUCAUCAUGCUCUACGCCGUCGCCUUUGCGAUGGGCUACUUGCUCUCAGCGCUGGUCCCACAAACGCGUGUGGCAUUGGUCGGCACAGGAUUCACCCUGGCCUGGGCGAUUGUCUUUUCGGGAGAUGCUCCCGAUCUGGCGGACGUGAUGGACAACGGUGCCUCGGCAGGAUACAAGGCCGCCUCCUGGAUCUGGGUCAUCUCGGCGCCUCGGUAUGCGAUCGAGGCGAUCUACUUGAAGGAGGUGCAGGCGAGACCUUGGCAAGAGAUUGAGAGUCAACCCUUGGCGCAUACAUACGAGUUGGGCCAGUUCUGGUGGUGCUUCCAGGCGAUGGCGUGUAUCCUGCUUGGAUGGCAUGUGUUGGCGUUCAUCUGUUUCAAACUCAAGGAUAGAGCCAAGCAAAAGUAG